AUGCGGAGCCACCUGAACACGCUGCUCUUCUGGGGCACGUUUUCUUCUGUCACAUCUCAAAAUGCCGUACUGGACUGUGGGACGAUGAAAACAGAUGAAUUCCCUUCUCCAAGGUUGUACUCAGAAACUAAUGUGGUCAUGAAGGGUCAAAAUGUGUCUCUGUUUUGUUUCAAUGAGAACAAAUCACUGCAGAUCACCUAUUCGUUGUUUCGGCAUGGUAAAUACUUGGGAACCCAGAAUGGAACAGGCAAACCCGUGAUUUUUAACCUCAACAUCUCAGAAGUGCCUGACUCGGGCCCCUACAAAUGCAAAGCUGAAGUUUUACAAUGCGGAAAAUAUAGUCGUGAGCUCAACUUCACCAUUGUUGAGCCGGUGACUGCCCCAGUGCUGAGCGUCACGGUCACUCAAACAGAAACAGAACGACACGUAACACUACACUGCAUCUCAGUCAAUGGCUCGCUGCCCAUCAAUUACACUUUCUUUGAAAAAAACGUCACCAUAUCACCAGCUAUUUCCAAGAACAGAAGGGAGCCUGCUGAAUUUAACUUCACCAGGAAGAACAGUGGAGAAGAGGAAGAGUAUAGGUGUGAAGCCAGAAACAGUCUGCCUAGCCACACAAAGUACAGCUGGCUUGUCACCGUGACCUCGACAGGCGGAGGUGGCUGUCCUUUCUGCCUGCAGCUACUGCUUCCGGGGCUAUUACUGAUGCUGACGGUGACAGUCCUAAUUCUGGCUUUUUGGAUACUACCAAAAUACAAAGCAAGAAAAGCUAUGAGACAUAACGUGCCCAAGGACCGUGGAGAAGUUGGAAUAUACGCAAACAUCAGUAACGAUCCAGCAGAUGAGGCAUCUGUGCCAGACGUGGAAUCCAGGCAGUGUGUUUCCACAGCGCAAGACGGGGCCGGAGACGCCCAGGAGAUACAUUAUGCCACCCCCAUGUUCUGGGAGGUGGCACCAAUAGAGCAAGAAGCCUGUAAUGAUUAUAAACCUGGAUGUGUCUACUCUGAACUUGUCAUCUGA